UGGAAAACCUUUCUUGGAAUGCAGGAUAAAGUACCUGCCACCAUCCCCCAUCCCACGUUGUUUAUGCCGGAGCCUGGACUAGAUUGUCCAAGUUGUGCACAGUGGAGUCUUUGGGGCAGUCUAGGUUUAUGAAUGGAUAUCAACAAUUGGCGUCUUAACGCUGAACAUGGGUUGCCUAGUGACAACCAAAUACACCUGCUUUAGUGCUUUCCUUUUUGUAUUGGUUCAGAGAAAAUGUUGGCAGCUUAUUUUGACCAGCCAGGAGGCCCAGAGAAUCUAUAUGUGAAAGAGGUACCGAAACCACAUCCAGGAAAAGGAGAAGUCCUUAUAAAAGUGUCUGCCAGUGCUCUGAAUAGGGCUGACUUACUCCAGAGGAGAGGAAAGUAUCCUUCCCCAAAAGGAGCAAGUGACAUUUUAGGCUUAGAAGCAGCUGGACUUGUGGCUGGGUUCGGACCUGGUUGCAAGGGUCAGUGGAAAAUUGGAGAUACAGUGAUGGCUCUGCUGUCUGGGGGUGGCCAGGCAGAAUACGUCACUGUGCCAGAAGGUCAUCUGAUGCUGAUCCCUAAUGAUAUGACUUUUGUUCAGGCUGCAGCCAUUCCUGAAGCCUGGCUAACAGCCUUUCAGUUGCUGCAUUUUGUAGGUAAAGUACAGAGUGGACAGACAGUGCUGAUCCACGCAGGAGCUAGUGGAGUUGGCACAGCAGCCAUUCAACUGACUAGACUGGCAAAAGCUAUUCCCAUUGUAACAGCUGGAACACAAGAGAAACUCCAGCUGGCAGCAAAACUCGGAGCAGCUGCUGGGUUCAACUACAAGGAGGAGGAUUUUAGCGAAAGGGCCCUGGAGUUCACCAACGGCUCUGGAGUGGAUAUUAUUUUAGACUGCAUUGGUGGUUCCUACUGGGAGAAGAACCUCAAUUGUCUGAGUACUGAUGGCCAGUGGAUUGUGUAUGGACUGUUGGGUGAAGGUGAAGUACAUGGAGAUCUGCUUGCAAGGUUGCUUUCCAAAAGAGGGAGCCUGCUUACUAGUCUGUUAAGAUCACGAGAAAAGGAGUAUAAAGAAAAGCUGGUGAAAGCCUUCACAGAGAGAGUGUUGCCGUAUUUCUCCCAAGACAGAUCUCCAUAUGUCCAACCAAUCAUUGACAGUGUUUAUCCUUUGCACAGGAUUGUAGAGGCGCACAGGACCAUGGAAGAAAACAAGAACCUCGGCAAAAUUAUAAUUGAAAUGCCUCCUUCAUCUUAAAGAAGGGUGUGCUGCUGCAGGUGUUCCACAGAGACUACAUUACUAUUGAUGUGUAUGGGAGUUUGGCAUCUGGAGCACUUGCAAUUUCAUGCCACAAAUUUGAAAUGACUGACAGUGAGGAAGGACUGUGAAAGCGAGGAGUAAAACUAAGUCUUUGUAUAAGACUGUCUUUGAAAAAGUAAUUCCCUUAUAAGGGAAUAAUAACAAAUCCAAAUCUAUCAUAGGUAUGGUGUCCUAGGGCAGUGGUCUCCAAACUUUUUUGAUCGCACACCCCUAUCAGUAAACAUUUUUUGAGCACUCACCCCCAAUAUAUGUAUAUUUAUUUAUGUAUAAAUUAUAUACAUGUACUACUAUAUUAAUAUAUUAUGUACAUUAAACACACAAAAAAUAGAAAUUGAAAAAGGAUGAGAUAAAGAUGAAAUAAACAAUAUUUAAAAAAUAUUGUAUUUUAUUUAUUAAUGGUACAAAAAACCUUUUUGCUCUCACAAAAAAAAUAUAUUCAUAAUAUUUUUUAGUGAGAGCAAUGUGAUUGAAUAUGCUUCAUUAUUUCUGAAAAUCUUGGUUUAACACUUUGUGAUACACCGGUUCGAAGGUCUG